AUGGAUGGUUUUGAAGGUAAUACUGGUAUCAUUGUCAUUGCAGCAACUAACAGGGCAGACAUUCUUAACUCUGCCUUAUUGAGACCAGGACGGUUUGAUAGACAGGUUCAUGGUAGCAAUAAAAGGUUUGAUGAUGAUGUUUCUCUUGAUGUGAUUGCCAUGAGAACGCCUGGUUUUAGUGGAUCUGAUCUUGCAAAUCUCUUGAAUGAGGCUGCCAUAUUACCUGGUUUGUCAAAACAGGUUAUUCUUCAAGUAUUUAUUAGAUAA